AUGAAGGAAGAGUUCUACCAUCGCUACUUAGUUAAAAAUAAUCUGAUAGAACCCGUUGUCGAGCUGUUUAUAUCAAAUGGCCAUCGUUAUAAUUUAGUCGACUCCGCGAUAAUUGAAUUCUUUGAAUAUAUACGUAUCGAAAACAUUUCCCAACUUAUUAUUCACAUUGUGGAAAAUUUCGGUGACGUUUUGACACGAGUAACAUACGUUCAAACUUUCCUUGGUCUCCGUAAGGCCUACGAGCAUAUUCACCGUGGGCCUCGAGCUAGCUUUUUAUCAUCCCCUGUCUGUGGUCAGCAGCCUACUCUGGAUAUGCUUCCUUUACAUAAUCAUCAAACUCCAGUGGCUGUUGGUUCUGUGGCUUCUGGACUUGCCAAUUCCGUCUCUGUCAGCUCUGGGACAGGUAGUACAAUUGCCUUUUCUGGGAUACGCUCACUCUCUUCAGUUUCAAGUGUGGUCCAUAGUAGUACUCGUGAAUCUAGAGGUGGCCUUGAUGCGGAAGAAGAACAAUGGUUUGAACAGGAGGAAGAAGAAGAUGAGGAAGAGGAAGAGGAGGAUGAUGAAGGUGGUGAUUCAGUUGGUGUUAAUGCUGCGGGUGAAGAUGCCAACCUAGCAUUUUCCAAUGCGGACAAUUCUUUAAGUGCAUUCUUCGAACGAAUUAGUGCCAAGCAAAACUCAGUAAGCGUUGCAUCUUCAGUCAGCAAGCUUUCUUCCUUGUCAUCAAGAUCUGACGAAGACGAAGAGGAUGUUGAACUUCUGAAUAACGCCUUAUCUAGCGUUUCAAAGGUCGCACCUCGCAAAGGUCUGUCUAAACGGCUUUCAACCAGUGGUUCUAAUGGAAAACCUAGUUUGUUGCGUCAAGCAACUCCUAUUGCCAUUCGUAUAAAGUCCACGACUCAACAAUUGGCAGCAGCAGCAGCUUCUAAAUGUAUCGCUUUUGAUGAAGAAGAGGAUGAUGAGUCGGAGGAUCCAGAUGAUGAGCUAAGCUUUGAAGAUGAUGACGAAGCUCCUUUGCAUGGGCUUAAGCAAGAAAGCCGAGGUAACUGUCUAUGGAAUUACUCGUACACUAAUAUAUUUUCGCUACAACGGUGA